AUGUGGGCCCGAGAACCAGGCCCAAACCAAGACCUCAGAGACCCAAACGAAGGUCCUAGUGAACCAAACCAAAGCCUCAGGGACCCAAAUCAAGGUCCCAUAGACCCAACCCAAGGCCCUAGAGACCCAAACCAAGGCCCCAAAGACCUAAACCAACCCUCAUGGACCCAAACUAAGGCUCCAAAAUUUGAAAGAAGCCGUGACGGACCGACACAUGUGAGCCCGAGGGGUAAUAAAGGCCCGGCCUUAUAA